CUUCUUACAUAACCCGUACAUUCCCAGCUCAACAUCUUCACGGGUCACCACCAAUUGAUACCAUUAUCAAUAUACGUUGUAAAGCGUUUUUUAUCAACCAUAAUCCAUAGAUUACAUCAUCAACAAACAAGCAAAACAUAUAAAUACACGUUGUACACUCUGAAAAAACAGAACGUGUCCAGCCGCCAAGAUGGAAGCCCUCCGGUAUACAGCCAAAGACAAAAAACUUGAACUAACCAAAGUAGAAGUGCCCAAAAUCACCAACCCCGACGGGAUUUUAGUGAAAGUCGCUUACGCAGGAAUUUGCGGCACGGAUUUGCACAUCAUACAAGGCGAAUUUCCGUGCAACGCAGAGCGGACUUUCACCCUAGGGCACGAAUUUUCGGGAACUGUGGUCGAAGUCGGCGCCAAUAUUAAAACUUUCAAGGCGGGAGACAGGGUUUCAGUCGAUCCCAACAGCGGGUGCAAAUGUUGUCACUUCUGUCAUUCGGGCCGGCCCCACUUUUGCAAAAUAGGCGGAAUUAACAACACUAUUGGCAUCUAUAGAGACGGAGGAUGGGCGAAUUACGUCGUCUGUCCAGAGGACCAAGUGCACAAGUUGCCAGACACCAUCACUCUAGAACAAGCCGCUCUCACUGAACCGUUGUCGUGCUUAGCCCAUGGCUGGGACAUCGUCAGCCCCAUCCACGUCGGUAACAAGAUUCUAGUGACCGGCGCCGGCAUCAUCGGUAAUUUAUGGGUGUGCGCCCUACAUCUUCAAGGUCACCGAAACGUCACAGUGUCGGAACCCAACACCGCGCGACUUGACAUGUUAAAAAAGCUAAAUACGGGUUAUAAACUAAUCACCCCCAACCAACUCAAGGAAAAGCAAGCCGCCGAUCCUAACUACUUGUUCGACGUGAUUAUCGACUGCAGUGGUUUUCCGCCAGCCAUCGAGCACGCCAUUUCGCUUUUGAAUUCAGGCGGGAAGUUGUGUAUUUUCGGGGUGGCGCCCCCUCACGGCCGCAUUUCGGUUGCCCCGUUCGAUAUCUACAUGAAAGAGAUGAAGAUUUUUGGGGUUAAUAUUAACCCGUUUAGUUUCCCGAAGUCGCUGGGGUUGUUGGAAGCUAUGGGAGAUAGGUAUUUGAAUUAUGGGAAUCUGGGGAUUAAGACGUUCGCGCUUAAUCAGUACCAGGAGGCGAUUGAGCACUUGAAGAAGGGGACCAUUGCUAAGGCUAUAUUUAAGCUGUAAUGUCGUGGUGAUGGAACAAUAAACUGUUGUUUGUUUGUUA